AUGAAGCCCGGAGGCGGUGGCCCCACGGCGGGCCCGGAGUCCGAGCCGGCGGACAGGCCGCUGGUUCUGCCGCGGCCCUGGGCCUGUCCCGCUGACGUACGGCUCUGCGGCCACCUGCGGAAGCAGAAGUCGCAGCGCCGCCGCUUCUUCGUGCUCCGCGCCGACCCUCCGCGCCUUGAGUGCUACGAGAGCGAGAAGUUGUUCCGCGCGGGCCGAGCGCCGCCCAAGCUCAGCGUGAGCCUGGCGGGCGCGUGCACCAUCAGCAAGCGCGUGGACGCGCGCCAGCGCCACCUGAUCGUCCUCUACACGCGCGACCGCAGCCUGGGCGUGGCGGCGGCCUGCGAGGCGGAGCAGCAGGCGUGGUACAGCGCCCUGCUGGAGGCGCGCGCGGCCGCGGGUGAGGCCCGAGCCUGGGGUCCCAGCCUCCACGAGGACCCCGGCGCCUGGAUUCUCGCUCCGUUUCAGGACGUCUGGCCCGUGACGCUGCGGCCCAAGGGACUGGGGCGAACACAAGGCCUAGGCAGCGGCCGCUACCGCCUGUGCCUGGGUUCGGGGGUGCUGAGCCUGCUGCGGAAGCCCAAGGGCAGACGCUCUGGGGACACCCAGGCUUCGGUUCCGCCACCCGCCCUGCGCCUGUCCCUGCUCAGUGUGCGCCGCUGCGGCCACGCAGACUCCUUCUUCUUCCUGGAGCUCGGCCGCUCGGCGCCCACCGGUCCCGGGGAGCUGUGGCUACAGGCGCCCGACGCCCUGGUGGCCCAAAGCAUUCACGAGACUGUACUGGCCGCCAUGAAGCGACUCGGGGAGGGCGGUGCCACUGGCAGGGCUGAGCCACUGCCAAGGGAUCCCCCCACCGGCGCUUACAGACCCUCUGCCUCCCAAUCUUCUCCAACCCUGGCCUCGACAGCCCAGUCAAGCGGCGGGAGCCCUCGCGGGGGCCUCGGGGAGAGAAACAGGAAAACCCUCCAGAUGCUGGCAGCCUCGCACCCCAAGGACUUGGAGCUGGGAGGGGGCUACGUAGCCAUGGGAGCCGGGAGCAACUAUGAGCCCAUGGGGGGUGGCGAAGCGGGUGGCUACAUGGUGAUGGCACCCCCUGGCCUUGCGGCCUCUGCCCACGCAACCCCCCACGACCAGCUCCAAGUUUGCGGGGACACCGAAUACGUUCCCAUGAGCCGCUUUCUGCCAGGGUCCUUGUUCUCCAGCUCCCUGCCCGGCUCCUAUGAGCUCGGAGCUGGGGAGUCUGGGCCUUCCUUUCAAGGACCCCGUCGCAGCAUGGGGGAAUGUUGGGGACCAGGAGGGGCGCAUCCCUCCUUGCAGCCGCCCUCAGAGCUAGCAGGGGAGUACGUGUGCAUCAAGUACGUGGCCCCUGACUACUUAGGAAUGGGCACUGCCACACAAGAACCCCCCAACGGCCGCCUCAAUUACGCUGACCUGGACCUGAUCCCUUCACUGGAGGUUCGAGGCGACAGCAGGAACCCACAACACAGCUAUGCCCGCAUCGAGUUCCAGAACCUCAGGGAGGCUCCGGUGAGAUGUGGGCAGCUCCGCCCUGUCUAGCUGAGGGAUGGAUGGGGAGGAAGGGAGAGAACAGGGCACAGUUAUGAAUGCCUUCCUGCCUGCUCCCCUCAAACUGUUCCCAAAACAGAGGGGCUCUCAGGCCCCCUAGGACUUGCUCUCAGGUCAGCCCUGGCCCCCAACCCUGCCCUCAAUGACUGGUCCCACAAGGACCUGCUCCCCCCACCCCGCACCUGCAGGGCCUGCCUUGUACCUCCUCGCAGCCAAAGAACUAGUCCCGGCCCCAGGGCCCCAGAGCAGGAGGGCUGAAGCACCCGGGCUCUUAUCUCUACUGUUUCCUGAAAGUGCUGUGCCACUCCCUUCCUCCCUAAUUUCCCUCUUCCAGUGACAACACAAUCACAAUACAACGCAAGUGUUCGCACAAUCCUCCCUUCUCGGGAGCCUGGUGGACCUGAGAGCCUUCUUGCUUCCGUAUUCUUGUCUUCUAUAGACUGUACUGUGGACCCCACACACCCUAUGCCCUAUACCCUAUUAAAGCGGUCCUGCUUGGUCAGCCUC